UGCAGCAAACAAUACUGUCCAUUUUGCUGACUCAUGCAUUUCCAUGAUUAGACCACCUCCUUUGUGAAAAACACAUAAGAGGCAGGACGAGGAGAAGACAGAGAUAAGAGGAAAUGUUCUCUGUGAGGGGUUUUACUGCUUUUAUCCCCUGUGUCUUCUUCCUUUUUGUCAACUCAGCAUUGUGAAGGGUGCAUUCAUCAUCAGAGACAGACAUUAAUAAGAGGAAAUGUUGUGUCUGAGAGGGUUGGUUGCUUUCGUCCUUGGAGCCUUUUUCCUUAUUGUCAAAUCCAGUCAUGGUUCUGAGAUUAUUGAUGGGAAAGAAGUGACGCCCCACUCGUUGCCUUUCAUGGCUCUGCUGGAGACAACUGAACCAGAAUGUGGAGGAAUACUAAUUAAUCCAUUAUGGGUUCUGACUGCUGCACACUGCGAAGACAUAAAGACCGUGUUGCUGGGGGUUCACUCCAUCAAGGAAAAGAAGAAAGAAAAACGUUACAGAAAGGUUCGUAAGGUGAAGAAGAGUUUUCCUCAUCCUAACUAUGAUCCCGAAAAAGAUGACAAUGACCUCAUGUUGCUCAAGCUGAACAAGGCGGUGAAGCAAACCCAAUGGGUGGGCAGCCUCAAGCUGAAUGAAGUUGUCAAAGACCCACCAGCUGGUUCGGUCUGUACAGUGGCUGGAUGGGGACAAACCAAACUGGAUAAGUUUUCAGAUGUUUUGAUGGCGGUCAAUGUGACUGUGGUCGACAGGACUAAAUGCAACUCCAAGGAUUAUUACGACUCUUACAUAACCAAGAACAUGAUAUGUGCUGGGUCGGCUGGUAAAAACGCUGCUGACACUUGUCAGGGAGAUUCAGGUGGGCCAAUAUUGUGCAAUGGAGCUCUAGUUGGAGUCACAAGUUUUGGGGAGGGAUGUGGAAUCAAACACAAACCUGGGGUGUACGCUUUCCUUACAAAAGAUCAUCUUGACUGGAUCAAGCAGACAAUGAAGUAAUGCAAAAAAAAAAAAAAAA